GUUCUAGGCCGCAAAGUAUAUGCUCCCGUACUUCACAUACGUGAGGGUACAUCGGAAGUGGUGACGUUGAAUCCCAAGCCAUCGUCGAUUGAGCAAUACAUGACACACAUCUAGGUAACGUAAUUAAAUGAUAGAAAAAUCCUGAUCUCUUCCAGGCGUUUGGACCUUCCCAGCCACACGUCCCCAAUUCAUAUAACAACGUAAGGGCGCCUCCGACUUAUCCGUAGCUCGUCAUAUCCUGUAUCUAGUCUUCUUUCCCAUCCCCUACAAGCCACCGCUAAACUAUAUUAAUUAAACAAGCCUGAUCCAUCUGUACUCCCCACCCGAUAUCUCCCAGCUUACUUAGAUCUCAAUAACAACAUCGAACCCACAAUGUCAUCCUCAAGCGUCGACGAGAAGAAGCCGCAGCGACAGCCAACAGUCGCCCAAGAAUCCGAUGCCUCGGACGCCUCGGAGCAGAUGUCCGAGACCUCGCGCCCGCCGCGCACGCGCCGCCGCAACCGUCGCCGUCCGGGGUCCGUGCAGCCGCUCCAACCACAAGAAGACCAGCAGAUGCUCCAGCAGAGGCAGCAGCAACAGAUGAUGCAGCAACAGCAACAGCAGCAGAUGGUGCAGCAGCAGGACCAGGGCGGUGGAAGCAAGUCCGACACCCUCCGACUCCGUCUCGAUCUUAACCUUGAGGUCGAGGUUACGCUUAAGGCGCGUAUUCAUGGCGAUUUGACGCUGGCGCUAUUGGACACUUAAGUCUUAAGUCUUCAUCUGAAGAGAGGUUACGAAUAUCACGACGUGGAAUGACGAGGCGAGGUUUUUGGCUACGAAGAAUGGAACGGUAUGGAAUGGAAAAUGACGGAAUGAAGUUCAAGAUAUAUGUCGUAAUACUGGAAAGACUUGUGUUUUUCCCCGUUGAUUUCCGUUUUUCUAUGUUGGUACUUUGGUAGGGUUCAAUUCAUCAGUCUUUAGUUAUGUUCCUCAACCUACGGCAUGUUGCAGAUUAACGAGAUUCAGUGAUUCAAAGGUACGGGUGUAUGACCACCACCGCACAAGACUCGUGUUGGGUGCGCGACCCAACUGUCGUGUGAUUGCUCAUGGCCCACAUGUUGUGGACACAACCCCUGAAUGUGGCAAACGUCAAACGUCAAGAUAAUAUGCCGAUGUUUAACGGCCAGGGUUUAGUUUAGUUUAGGGCUAACGACGCUCUUAAUAUAAAAGAAGUUAGGUGUUGGUAUAUGUGAAUCUAGUA